AUGGAGCCGCUGCCCGAGACGAGCAUACCGUCGUGGCGGCUCGAGAAGCGCAAGUCCAAGUACGCGCAGGCGCGCGAGGUGCUCGAGGCGACCUUCUCGUCCACAGGUGUCGAGUGCGCCGUCCGGUCGCUGGAAGGGCUGUCCUUCCGGAGCUGGGACGAGUUCCACGCGUACCUCGACGCUUACGCCCGCGAGACGCACCAAACCUACACCUCGCGCGAUACGAAGCUCACGGCGCGCUACAACAGCGAGCAGACCAAGCGUCGCGUCAAGAACUUCACGCCUGUGCCACCCGAGUUCAAGCACGCACGCGUCCGCUACGACUGCAAGCAUUCGCACUCGAACAUGUCCAAGAACAAGAAUCUGAUCAAGGAGACGUGCAAUGUGGACGCCGCCAAGCCCAAGCUGCGAGCGUUCUACUCGGCCUGCCCCGUCAAGAUGCACGUCCAAGUGCACCGGAACGAAGCCACGCACGACGAGUGGCGCGUCCUCAUUACCUCGCACUUGAACGUGCACAACCACAACGUGUCGGACGACGCGCAGGCGCCGGUCCGCCUCGGUGUACCAGGCAUGCUGCCACUCAUGCCCGACGCCACCAAGCGCCAAGAAGCCAUGGACGAGCUCUUGGGCUUCUUCGCGACCUACCAAGCCGCAAGGGAAGACCCUGACGCGUUCCAGCGGCGCUACAGCGACCUUCACACGUACAUCUACCAGUCGCUCUGGGAAGACACACGCGGCGACCCGAUGGACCCGGCCAUGCAGCUCUUUCAGAAGCUCCCUCGGCCCCAUGUGCGCAACGACAAACGGCCCAAGUUUACGCCCUCGGUGUUUGAGAUUUUGUAAUAGCUAGAGCAGCCACUCGUUUCGGGCUAUACGCAUCCCCCAGACGGCGGAACCCAGAAACAACCCUAUCCAUAGUCGACGAUAAACCUUUC